AUGGCUGAAAAGAGGAAUGUUUUUGGGCUGCCACUGCUCUUCUUAUUAAUAUCUGUGGCUCUUUUACAUUUAUUCAUUUGUCCGUUUACUAAGGUUGAGGAAAGCUUUAACUUACAGGCAGCCCACGACCUUUUGUAUCACAGACUUGACUUUGACAAGUAUGACCAUCAUGAGUUCCCUGGUGUGGUGCCACGGUCUUUCCUUGGCCCCCUUUUUCUCUCCAUACUCUCCUCCCCUGUUGUGUUUCUGUCCUCACUGCUGGAUGCACCGAAAUUUUACACACAGCUGAUAGUCCGAGCAUCUCUGGGAGUUUGUGUUGUCGGUGCGCUAUGGCACAUGCAGAGAGAGGUGAGGAGGCAGUUUGGCUCUACAGUUGCAGGGCUCUUCUGUCUGACCUGUGCUUCACAGUUUCACCUAAUGUUCUACAGCACCAGGACACUCCCAAAUGUAUUUGCACUACCAAUAGUUCUUUUAGCAUUCACAUCUUGGAUGGCUCAGAAAUAUGGCCGUUUCAUCAGCCUCUCAGCUUUAGUCAUCAUUGUGUUCCGGUCAGAGCUCUGCAUUUUCAUGGGUCUCAUGUUGCUGAUAUCACUGCUGAGCAGGAAGCUGGGAUUGCUGCAACUGCUUUACUAUGCUGUUCCAGCUGGGAUCUUGUCACUGGCUCUGACAGUAGCUGUUGACACCUUCUUUUGGAGAGAGUUUCUGUGGCCUGAAGGUCAGGUUUUGUGGUACAACACUAUUCUCAACAAAAGCUCCAACUGGGGAACCUCCCCCUUUCUCUGGUACUUUUACUCUGCGGUUCCCCGUGCCGUGGGCUGCACGCUGCUCUUUGUCCCCCUUGGUCUUCUUGACAGGCGGAUGAGGCUGCUGCUGCUGCCCACAGUAGGCUUCAUCCUCAUCUACUCGCUGCUGCCCCACAAGGAGCUGCGCUUCAUCAUCUACACUUUCCCCGUGCUCAGUUUGGUGGCUGCCCGAGGCUGUUCUUUCAUUUUGUGCAACUACCAGAAAUCCUGGAUGUAUAAACUGGGCUCUGCGGUUGUGGUUGGCCAGCUGUUGAUCAACACAUCAUACUCUAGUAUUUGUCUUUAUGUUUCCCACCACAACUACCCGGGGGGGCUCGGGAUGCAGGAACUACACAGGCUGCUGCCAGCCACCACAGAUGUUUUUGUUCAUAUUGACACUUACGCUGCUGAAACUGGAGUAUCACGCUUCUUAGAGCAAAACAGAAACUGGAGAUAUGACAAACGGGAGGACAUGAGCCCCACAAAUCCUGAAGUCAAAAUGUAUUCACACAUGCUAAUGGAGGCUAAUGUUACCAAGAUACAGGCACUCAAGGACACUCAUCAGCCUCUGGCCUUUAUAGAGGGUUACAGCAGCACUGCCUUCAACAUGUUUCACUUCCCUCCUGUCAGUGUGCGACUGGAGAGAAAAACUGUGCUGAUGGAGAGAAAGACUGAAGCCUCUCUUCAAAAAGAGCGACUGUAACAGGAAUGUGUUGGAUUAAGGAAUUAAAUUCUUAUUGUGACCAAAAAUGUGACCAAAGGUGAAGCUGGAAACACCAGUGUUCUCACAGGUUACAAUGGUAUAGAUGGGAGUGUUAAGGGUAUUUUUCCAGGUGUGAAAAACAAAUCUAUCAUCCGUCACGUUUCAACACAGAUCAACAGCCAACAUGUGCUACCGCAGCAUGUAAACAUGUUGUAUUUAAACAAUAAUACUGUCAUUCAUCUUUGCUGAUGUGUAAAAUGUUAAACCAGUUCAAAAGUUUUUCUAUUCUAAUGUUAAUACAGGUAUUGGAGUUGUAAUGCUCAUGAAAAAAAACCCAAACAUUUUCUUUCACAUAAAACUAUGUUAUCUUCUUAAA